AUGAGAAGGUACCUGGGGAUCACUCGGCCGCUGACGUAUCCCGUGAGACAAAAUGGGAAGCUGAUGGCCAAGAUGGUCUUCAUCGUUUGGCUCCUGUCCGCCUCCAUCACACUCCCUCCUCUUUUUGGCUGGGCUAAGAACGUCACCGUGGAAAGAGUCUGCCUGAUCAGCCAGGACUUUGGCUACACGGUCUAUUCCACAGGGGUUGCCUUCUACAUCCCCAUGGCGGUCAUGCUCGUCAUGUACAGCCGGAUCUACAAAGCUGCCAAGGUGAGCGCUGAGAAGCACCGCUUCAUGAACUUCUCCAAGCAUUACGAAGAGGAGGGUGUCUACUGCCUGGAGGCCUCCAGCCGUGGCCAUCCCAGCUCCAAGCGCACCAAGGCGGUGGAGGAAUGUGCCACUCUCUCCAAACUGCUCCGGCAAGACCGGAAGAAUAUUUCCAUCUUCAAAAGGGAACAAAAAGCAGCCAGGACCCUUGGUAUAAUCGUGGGGGCUUUUACAUUUUGUUGGCUUCCGUUCUUCCUUAUGUCAACGGCUCGGCCUUUUAUCUGUGGUAUACACUGCAGCUGCCUGCCCCUGAGGCUGGAGAGGACUCUGCUCUGGUUGGGAUACACCAACUCCCUCAUCAAUCCCUUAAUUUAUGCUUUCUUUAACCGAGACUUGAGGACUACUUUCUGGAACCUUCUGAGGUGCAGGUACAGGAAUAUCAACAGGAGACUUUCUGCCGCCAGCAUGCACGAGGCCCUGAAAGCCACAGAGAGACACGAAUGCAUCCUGUAGAUCUGUGUCCUCCAAGUCAGUGCCUGACCAGCAAACUCCUGCCCCUCCAUUUCAGGUUCCUUGCUUCUCCUGCCUCUUGGAGCUGGCAGAAACUGUGGGUGCUGUUGCCCACUGCCAGACAUUGCCACUGAGAGUGACGCUCUUCCCCUCUCUCCUGGAGGGGAUGCAGUUCUCCACAAGAGAACCAAGCAAACAGCCAUUCCACCGUGUCCAAGGUGGGAGUUGAGCAGCUGAGAGAGAGACUGGGGUUUUCAAGGUUUACCACCAACUGUGGGCAAAUCGCACCACCUUUCUGUGCCUCAGUUUCCCCACCUGCUUAAAAUAAAUAAACAAACAAAUAAAUAAAUAAAUAAAGAGAGGAAAGAAAAAGCAACCCCCCCAACCAAACAAAAAAAUCUCAAUAGGACUGUGUCUCUCCACCUUCAAAAAGGGCUCUAAGGUGGGUGGAAAGCACAUAACACACCAUGUAAAGAUGAUGCUGACUGCAGUUCUCUAUCAGAUAAAAAGCAGCUAUAGGCUCCAUUGUAGAUCCAAGCACUCAUGCCAUCCCAGCUUAUAUGAACUUUUUCCACAGGUGUAAAUGCAAUCUUCACACUGAGCUCAUGUCCAGGUUUGCACGCCAGAGCAGUAACACCGGUGACCCUUUUUCCCCUCACACUGCAGCACUGCAUCAUUUGAAAGAGGCACACUUGCAGGAUGAAACACGAACAUGCAGUUUCCUUUAUGGUUGGAUAGGAAAAUCCGAUGCCAUCCCCAUCAUGGGGAUAACCAGUGAGCAAAGAUGGAUAUGUUUAUUGGGGUGUACUGUAAUUCAUUCUCAGACAAGUGAUGUGUGUUCAUAAUCUGUGGCUAAUUGACUCCAUGAAAGCACGCUUUGGUUGACAACAGAAAAAAAGUAUAUAAUUUCUCUGACAGCUUUACAGUGCUUCAGUAUGAUGUCUAGCAAGCUUGAAAAAAUACACUAAAAUUGAUGUAUCUUUUUUAAAAAAUACAUAUACAAGACUAGUUUCUUUAUUUUGGUGUGAUUUCUUAGGGUAUUUGAGCUUUAAAGUGUCUUUUUAUGUUUAUGUACUUGUGGGGGUUUGUUUUUCUGCAUUCAUCUUUGCUCUUGACCAACCCUGCUGCAUCAAACUUGCAUCAACAGAAAGAGGACAUGGACAGUGCUCCAUGGGGUCAGAUGUUGAACAGAAAGAAAGUUCUACUGUUCAGAUAAAGACUCGAGAAGAAGUUUUGCAGCCCACCCUCCACUAUAGGAGCCUCCAUGGUAAGUAUUGAUGCAAGACAAAGAACAGGGCCUCAUACUGUAUGAGUCUAUGGUUCCAUAUCUUCCAAAUAUGUUAUCACUACAGUCAUAUGUUCCUGCCCAGAACACAAAACAGUGCCAGAAGUUGAGAUUUGUUCUCCAAUUUCUUCCAAAGAAGAUUGCUAUUGCCCAGGGAAAAUUGAGGGGUAUCCCUGAGAUUCUCCUGUGAUUUUUCAUCUUGCAAAACAUGGAUUCCAGGGAUGCACUGAGACACCACAUGAUGUGAGCAUACCCUCACUCUCUUCCACACUUCCAGAACAUCAACAGGUGGUAAACUUUACCACAACCUCCCUACCCUACAAUGUCAUUGCCUUGUCACUUUGGUGCACCUUGUUACCCAUCACCCUUCCCCAUCUUGGUUGCAAUUUUUACGAUGCCUCUGCUUCCAAGCCCAUGCAAUAUGCACUCCCAAGCCCACAUGUCUCUAGGUCAUUCUUUGACUGCCCACUUUCUGGACUGACUUAUCAAAAACAAGUCCUCUCCACCCAGAAAGCACUUUGGGCCACCAUCAGCUCUGUCACAACAUUUUAGCAGCAGCUGGUCACUGGAUCUGACUGGCCACAGGGAUGUGUUUUUGCUUCAGGGUUUGAUUUCCUCCCUUGGCUCUCCAUCUUCUUCCCUGCCAUGGAGCUAAUGAUGCCCUUUUGACUGCGCUGUCAGGAUUAAAACUAACCAGAUGCUAAUUCAGAAUGUCUUGCCAGGAUGCAAAAGCCCCCAAGAUGGAACACUUCAUAUUCAGCACACAGCAAAAUAAUCGUAUAUAUAUAUAUAUGCAUAAGGUGGUAGUGACAAGUUUAUACUAAUUUUCUGUGUUAUGAGUUCUUAAACUGCCUUCGAAGUUUGUAAUCUCGUUUAAUUCUUCUGAACAUCCCUGUUCUGAUGGUAUGUCUAGCACUGCUUAAAAACAGAAUGUAGAAGAGCUAUGAAGACCUAAGUGUUUGAUCCUUUUAAAUGAAAGCAUA